AUGUUCGGGUCGUCCUCGGAGGACGUCGUCGUGCCGCGCGCGUUCAAGCUGCUGAAGGAGCUGGAGAAGGGCGAGAAGGGCGGCGCGGGCCUGCCGCCGUACCUCUCGUACGGACUCGCGGACGCGGACGAGGACGAGGACAUGCGCGCGUGGACGGGGACGAUCCUCGGACCCGCGGGAACGACGCUGGACAUGCGCGUGCUGGAGCUCGCGAUCGAGUGCGGGAGCGCGUACCCGGAGAGACCGCCGGAGAUGCGAUUUAAGACGAAGGUGAAUCUGCCAUUCGUGAAGGGCGACGGGACGGUGGAUUUGAAGACGCUGGGCGUCGCGCAGGCGUGGAAGAGGAAUAACUCGAUCGAGGACGCGCUGAACGCGGUGUAUCACGCGAUGAUGCGACCGGAGUGUCGAAGGGCGCCGCAACCGGCGGAGGGGACGAGAUAUUGA